CUGAUUGUGAAGUAUCGUUAUUUUUUAUCUGUAUUAGAAAUUACAAAAGCAAAAUGACAGUAAACGUCAUUUUAUAAUUCAUUGCCCAAGUCGGUCGAAUUGAAUAAAGUUAUUUUUGUGCGCGAUUUUAAUAAUUCAGCGUAAAUGGAAAAUAAUAGUGCGUUGGUUGUAGGAAGGAGGUGCUAAAGUGCAGUUUUUGUGUUUCAUACCGGUGCUUGAGUGUAUUACAGUGACAUCAAUGGCUUCUACACCAAAACAAGUGAACGGCAAACCGUCGAAUAGUAACGGCUCCCUGGGAAAGCGGAAGAAAUCUCGUGGGAGCAGAGGUUCGUACCUGUCCAAAUGGCUGGACAAGACGAUGCACCACAUCCAGGAGUCCACGCCCAGUAUGGAUACGUACGAUACAUUCGUCAACCCGAACGUGAACUAUUCGAUGGGGAGUUCGCAGUUCGCACCCGGCUAUGAUCCUUACAGACACAUGUACGGAUGCGCACCUGAGCCGAUGUCCCUGCCCACGCUGCCCUCUUACUGCAACCCACCAAUGAUGCCCUUCUACGGGCCCGAAUAUAGGUACGUGCAGAGUGUAAACAAAAGCAUCCAAGUGCAGCGGCCGCGACUGCGACGCCGGAGCGACAACAAGGCUGAGGAGGUGAGCAGUACGCCAGGACACGGUACUCCGACCCAUUCAGCCAAUAACUACUUGCAACCAAAGAAUCUUACAGACAGCCAGGACUUUGCUAGCUUACCACCUAUUGUGACAUCUGUGGGCGAUACUAAUUCCAACAGUGACAUGAAUUUGAAUGAUAAGGAUGAAGGAAGGGAUGGAAGAAGGUACAGUGACCCUUGUGUGAGAGGCUUGCCUGAUGUAGCCAGGCCUGCUAACGGAGAUGUGGAGUCAGGGUCAGAAGCCAGUUCAGACAUGUCUGGAAGUCAGGUGGGCAGCAGGCUACUGACAUGUCUUCUUGACCAAAUUACUUCCCUGAAGAUGGCAAAUGAAAGACUGAAUAAAGACUUAAUGGAUACCAAAGUGGAACUGGAGAACUUGAGACAACACAAUGCCAUAUUGAAGGGAUCUAAUUCAAGUAUUGGUGCGACACCUAAUCACUCACUAAAUGAUAAUGCAUUCUUAGCGGGGCAGUACGCACCAGGCUUCCUGACCGACUUGGUGCGCGAGAUCAGGGAUGCGGCACGCAUGCGCGAGGACGCACUUUACUCGCGCGUGCGAGCUAUGGUCGUCGAGAGGAACGAUGUCUUUGGUAUGUCAAGAACCGAAAAGCAACUGAUUUCAAAUGAUUAUCGUGAUCGCGGCGUCGGCGUUUAUACUAACGGUUUGACAUCUUCGGAAGCUAAGUUCACGGAAAAAGCUCUUGAAGAGAUCAAGAGUUCUCUGCGUGCUUCGGAAGCGGACAAGCGGCGUAUGAUGGAUCGCAUCGUCAAACUGGAAGACGAAUUGCGCGUACUUAGACUCACUAACGGCAGUAUGGAGUCGAACGAGAACAAAAUAUCGAACGGUAACGUUGAAGACGCGGACGCCGAGUGCAUGCGCCUACGCAAGGAACUCGCCGACAUGCGCAAAGCCAAACAGAACGCCGAAGAACAUUCGCUUAAUGAUGCUGAAAGCAGUUCUUGACUGGUAAUAAAAAAGUAUGUUAAUUGCAUCCUUAUUACGCAUAUUCAAAUAACAGACGCCAUAUUCUUCAUUUCAAAAUUUACAAAUCACAGAAUGAGUAUGUGAAUGCUUUGUGAAACGGUGUGUCAAUUAAAAAAAUACCAUGAUCUAUGUCAUUAAGGUGCAUUUUUCUAUGUCCAGUUUUCUCACUGCUCAGCUGCUAGAGUACAUCUAACAAUGCAUAAAGUUCCAUUAGUUUCUAACGAGCUAGCUGAAAUUUUGCGCACGCAAUUUAAACUUGCCCGAAGUACGGUGUUUCGUUAAUUUGUGUUGUUUGUUUGAUAAUUAAUUGAUCGAUUGCAGUCUUCUGUGAAUAUUUUGUGUCUAUAUCAAUCAGUGAAGUUUGUUCUGCCUGUUUGAUUUAGCUGGCAAACUAUAGCUUUGGUUUUCGAGUUUGAGAUUAUUGCGAUAAUUUUGAUUAAUUGUUAGGGAGCUGGAAAUUAUUUUAACUGUCGAUCAAGGUUUGCUCAACCGAUUCAAAGUUGUAUUAUUUGACAAUAGUUAGCCGCAAUAUACAAUAAUACUCUUAUAUGAGAAAAAAACAUACACCAAUACGUAUAUUUUAUGUUUUGUGUAAAAACGCUCACAUUAGGAAUUCUGUGUAAAAAAAUUAACGAGUGGCUCAUGUGAUUGUGAUGUUUAUUAUUUUAUUAUUAUUAUUUAGCGAAUUUAAUUCACUAGUUAAGUGUUUUGUGUGUGAUUGUACUUGUUUGCUCUCUAACGUUUGCAUGUUGUAAUGAAACACGAGUGAAAUUAUUAAUUGUAAUUAAAAUUUAAUAUUAAUAAACGAUUUGUAUAGUUUAGUCGGCCAACGUAUACUGGUUAUUGUAUAUUAAAAAGCCUGUACUUAUAUUGUAAUGAUAGAAUUUAAUAUUUAAAAUAAUAUGCAGUCAUGUAACUCUUUCUAAGACUAGUUGACUAGACUUAUGUUUGCAAAAAUCUAAUACUGAAAUUGUAAUUCAUUUAAAUUAGAUUAUACAUUUUGCUAGAUAGAA